AUGGCCUUGGCUAUGUCUGACAAAGAGGAAGCUGCUGGGGUCCCGAUGGAGGAGAAGGAAGAGGAGCAGCAGGAUGUAGUAGAUGAAGUGGUUAACCUGACCUUGACCACCUCUGCGUGUGACCUGGCUUCUACAGCUGAUGCUUCUACAGCUGAUGUCUCCACAGAGGAGAGCCACCCCCACAUCAGAUCUGAGGGUGAUGUAGCAGAGGAAGACAUGAAGAGUGUGACCGAAGGCACUGCCAGCUGCGUGCAGCUGGCUCUGACCACACCGGAGCCUCAUGUUGCUGCAGCAAGUGAGUUUGCUUCUGAGGAUUUGGAUAAACAAGGAGAAAAGCUCCAACUCCUUCAAAAGCCAGUGGAAGAGAUUAUGUCUGACACUGAAGAGCUGGUGUCAUCUGGAGUGGCUGAUGCAAAGGGUGCUGAGAGCAGCAAAGUGGCAGAGGUGAUGGAUGCAGCUGAGGAGACUCCUCAGAGUGGCGUGGAGGCUGCUGAGUCUGCAGUGACCGGCACUGUGGGGAUGGUUAUGGACUCCAGAGCAGACCAGACAGCUGAAAGAGAAGCAGAAGCUGCUUUGUCGAGAGCAGAAGGUGGCUCUUUCUCUAUUGGAAGUGAGAUACUAGCCAAUCUGGUACCAUCUGUGGAGCGUACAGGCAUAUUUGUGCAGCAGCACCAAGGGAUGAAGUACUUUGUGAGACUGAGGUCUCUCUCUGAACUUGGUGAGCUCAAAAUGAAGCAAGUCUGGCAGAGCAUACAGGAGGCCCUUGCACAGCUUCGCUGCAUCAUUGAACUGAUUGAAGUGUUAAAGCAAGGAUUUAAUCAAACGCUUCAGGAGGAGCAGGAGAAACUACAGCAAAUGUGGCUGGCCUGGAGUAGGAAGUAUUCGGAAGAGAGCAGAGAUGAAGGCUCUGCAAAGCCAGAGGAGAUGGAGACUUUGGCCCUGCUCAUGGCAUGCACUCUAACACAGCAGCUGCAAGACACCUGCUGUGAAGUACUGUCUGUAAUCCAAGACUUCACCUCAGGCCUCCAUGACAGGGUGCAGCAAUUUCUUAAUAUCACGGAGGAGCUUCACACUGCUUUCCUAGCAGCAAACAACUUCCAGGAUUUGUCCAGCUGUGUCUUGAGCCAGAGUCAGAGGAAGCUGUGUGAUAUCCAGGAGUACAUGGAGGACAUGCUGGAGUACCUGGAGAACAGUAUGCCUCAGUCCUGGCUGGGGGAGAGGG